AUGGAGAAACUUGAAGAGGAUAUUAGGGCCAUACGCCGGCAGAUUGAUGCUGCUUCAGCAAAUGACUCGGACUACUUAGGGCUUCUGGAUCAACAGGGGAUACUAUACAGAAAACUGUUUCAACACACGGAAAACCUGAACGAUCUUCAAGAAGCUAUCGAAGCCAUAGUAAAGAGCAGCGACAUCACUCCUGAGGGGGAUCGAAUGAGGCCAAAACGCUUCAGUCUCCUAGGGAGUCUAUUGAGAGACAAAUUUCUCAUGACAGAUGACAUCGCCGACAUGGAUGCUGCAAUUAGCUACGCAAAGGCAGCCGCCGAUGUUACCCAAGACUCUCACAACCGUCGGACGUUCCUGAUGGAUGUUGGAUUAUAUUACCAUGAAAAGUUUCAAGUCACCGAUGAGCCGACGGACAUUAGUGAAGCCAUAAAUUUCAUCCAGCAAGUCGUGAACACCUAUUCGGAACAUGAACCGAUACCAGCAAGGGUUUCCAACAGUCUUGGAACCGUUCUAGGGGAUCGAUUCCUAAAACUAGGAAAUGAUGCUGAUAUUGAUGAAGCCAUCAAAUACACUGAGAAUGCGGUGAACGUCACAUCCGACAAUGAUCCGGAGAAAGCAAAAUUCUUGGACGAUUUAGCAGAUCUAUAUGCAGCUCGAUAUUCCCAUAAUGGUGAGCCACUUGAUCUCGAUUUGGGAAUCGAGAAAUGUCAAAAAGUGAUGGAAUUGACCUCAAACGACGACCCAAACUAUGCGAUCCGGUUGAACAACCUUGCGGGUCUGCUACGAGAUCGAUCCCGGAGAAGUGAGGGAAAGGGGGAUCUGGAACAAGCCCGAAGUUUCGCACAACAGGCGGUUGAUUUAGCGACUCAGAAUUCGGAAGAACGCGCAAUAUAUUUGGGCAAUUCAGCCAAUAUACUGGGCGAGCUGGCUCUGAGAGACUCAUCACAAACAAGGGACAUUGAAUGUGCUAUUAUCCGCGCACGGGAAUCUUUAGAUAUGACGCCGGAUAAUCAUCCCUACCGUUCGAGGCGCUUGAACACCCUUGGCUGUCUCCUCAGGCAAAAGUCUCUGAAAAGUCCAGACCCGGAAGCCAAAUUGCCUACCCUUGAGGAAGCCAUUCGCGUAACCCUUGCAGCGGUCGAAGCUACCGAAAAGGAUGAUUGGGACUAUGCAGGACGCGUGAACAAUUUGGGGCUUCUUUUUGGGGAUACCUACCGAUGUACCAAACAGCGAGCCGACCUGGAUAAAGCUAUCCGAUAUUGCGAGGAAGCUAUUCACAAGAUGCCUAACGAUACUCUGGAUCUUUCGACGUAUCGAAGUAAUCUGGGGAGCUUAUUCGAAGACAGAUACGCGUUGAAUGGUCCAGGAAAGGAAGAAGACUUGCAGAAUGCGAUAUCGUCAUAUGAAUCUUGUCUGGGUACACCAAGCGGUCUUCCACUAACUCGGAUACUUGCUGGACAAUCAGCUGUCUAUCAUCUGAUCGCGGAAAAGAAUUGGCUGAAGGCGGCUCAACUACUGGACCAAGUAUUGAACAUUCUCCCUGAGGUCACACAGCCAUCAAGUGCUCGUGACGAUCUGCAACACAUUCUUCGACAGCUCUUCGGGCUCGCAUCCCUCACAGGCUCUGUCUUCCUAAAAGCUGGAAGGACCCCAGGCCAAGCAUUUCAAGCGCUCGAGCGGGGCAGAGGGAUAAUUUCGAGUCUAAUGAUGGACUUUCGAGCAGAUUUGUCCUCGUUGAAGGAGGAGGAUAAUGACAAGCGGUCCCAGUAUCUCAGAAUAAGGCACCAAAUCACAGCUGCGAAUGCAUUUCGCAGUUCUGCUUUGCGGGAUAUUUCAGCCCAAGACUACACAUCACACGAUCUUCAGCGUCAGCGGCUGUACAAGAACCUGUCUAAGAUUCAAAAUGAUAUACGCGCCUGUGCGGGAUAUGAAAACUUCCUUUUACCUCCCUCGGAGAAAGAGAUCUUGGACUUGUCACGAGACGGGCCUCUUGUCUCCUUUAAUGUGAGUGACGUCAGCAGUGAGGCGUUCUUGAUAACGACAGAUGAAAUACGGGUCUUAUAUCUCCCUAACCUGAAGAAAGAAAACCUUCGGCGAUGUAUUGAUACUUGUGCUUCAAGAGGAAACCCGGCGCGACGAGAUGGAUCUCUUUUUCUAGGGGGCCAGAUGCAAAUGCCCCUUAUUUCAGAUGUGUCGAGUGAACUGUCAGCCCUGUGGAAAGUCGCAGUGAAGCCAGUCCUCUCAGAAUUGGGGCUUGUGAGUCCAGGAAGCCCCGGCGAAAAGUUACCACACGUCUGGUGGGUUGGAGGUGGGAUAAUGGCACAGGUACCGAUUCAUGCAGCUGGUGAUCAUUCGGAAGGAUCCACGGAGAACACACUGAGUCACGUCGUCUCAUCAUAUGUCACGACUGUCAAAAUGCUUCAAUUCACCAGAAACAAGCCUCAAAGACUGGGUAGAGAAGAUGAGCCAAAAGUCCUUGUUGUUUCAAUGCCCAACACACCAAGCCACAACGUCACGCUCAACGUGGCGGAGGAGAUCGCGGCCAUCAAGAAACAUGUCGGCUCAUGGGCGUCAAUCAAGGUUUUGGAGCAGCCUACCAAAGAAGAAGUCCUUUCCGAGUUCGAGGCUUGCACAAUCGCCCACUUUGCUUGUCAUGGCAUUGCGGACACGGUAGAGCCCGCUAAAAGUGCUCUCCUUCUGGGGAGAGAGAAGCAAGAGCGCCUCGCCCUGAGCGAUUUGGAUACGGUUAGUCGUGAUGACACCGAAAUUGCGUAUCUCUCGGCCUGUUCGACCGCUGAGCUGAAAGUUGAAGAUCUCGUUGACGAGAGUAUCCAUCUUGCCAGCGCUUUUCAGCUGAGUGGAUUCCGACACGUUAUAGGGACACUGUGGGGUGCCGAUGAUGCCGCCGCUGUUGCCAUUGCAGCCGAGUUCUACGAAGAAUUGCUCAAGGACAGCAAGUCGGCGAAAUGGUCCGUGUCGCAUGCACUUCACUAUGCCGUGAUGAAUUUCCGGAAUCGGCAAGACGACUGCGCAGCUAUUUGGAAGUGGGCGCCGUUUAUCCACCUAGGAUGUUAA